AGCCCCAUUCCAGCCGUGAGAAAUGUCACAUCUCGAAGACAUUACAACACCUGAAAACGGGUACUAUGUACUCGUCACCGGCGCCAACAGUGGCCUGGGACUUGGCAUUUGCACACGAAUGAUCGACGAGUUCCUGCAAACACGCUCCCAAACCGAAUCCCUCGUCCUCAUAAUCACAACACGCGACAAGAAGAAAGGCGAUGCCACGAUCAAAAAACUCGAAGCAUACUUGCGCAAGGUCUGCCGCCAGCAUGAGCGGUCGCUGCCAGGCAUUGCACAGCUGCUACAAGGGCGGGUACACUUCAGGCAGGAGCGACUGGACCUACUGAGCCUCGUCUCGGUGCAGAAGCUCGGCAAGAAAUUGUUCGAGACAACGCCAAAGCUUGAUGUCGUCAUCUGUAACGCGGGCAUUGGCGGGUGGACUGGCAUCAACUGGCCUCUAGCCAUCUGGAGCGUCCUGACGAAAUUCAAGACGGCGGUCACAUUCCCAACAUACAAGUUAUCUGGCAAAGGAUGGGUCGCCAAAUCACAGCUGCCAGCCAAAGAUGGGGAACCGCAGGACGAACCUCCGUUGGGCGAGGUCUUCUGCGCCAACUUCUUUGGACACUACCUACUGGGUCAUUACCUUGCGCCGCUACUGGCACGGCAUUCCAAGAGCGAAGACACGAGGGGGAGAAUGAUCUGGACCAGUAGUCUGGAAGCAUACGCACACACGCUGAAUCUGGACGACUUGCAAGGCAUAAUUUCAGAGGAUGCCGCGUACGAAUCAUCAAAGCGACUGACAGACGUCAUGGGCAUCACAUCAAGACUUCCAGCUACGUCCAACGCCGUAGAUCAGUAUUUUGACCUGCCCAACGAACCUGGCACCACAAAGCCUUUAAUCUACGUUACCCACCCCGGCAUCACCGCGACCGCUAUUUUCACACUUCCGCUCAUCCUCGAGUACGCCAUGAUCGCCGCAUUUUACAUCGCCCGCUGGCUUGGCAGCCAAUGGCAUCCCCUUACACUUGAGAAAGGCGCAGUUGCUACGGUCUGGCUUGCACUCGCCAAGCAGAGCACACUGGAUACAAUGGAGGAGAAGGAAGGCGUAGGCAAGUGGGGCAGUGCAACAGAUGCCUGGGGUCAAGAGCGCGUUGAGCGAACAGAAGUAGCUGGCUGGGGCUGGGGCGGCAGACUGGCCGAGUACAAGAGGAAAGGAAGAGAUCCGCAUGCGAAGGAUCUUACGAAGGAGGAUAAGGAGAACUUCGAGGUGCUCGGAAAACGCUGCUGGGAGGAGAUGGAGGUGCUCAGGUGCGAGUGGGAGGACAGACUCAGGCGCGCUGGCGUUGCCGUCGAGAUGCCUUGAGCGUUCACUCGCAGACUUCGCAACAUUGUACGACUACACGAGACACAUUAACGCCACAUUUUUGCAUUGUAAUAGUUGGACUUUCUUCUUUCAAAUCAAUACAGUUCGCUAUCCC